UUGAAAAUUUAAAUAUAAUGGUUAAUAAAAUUAAUUGCAAAUAUUUGCAGUCAUGAGUUAUAAAUUAGCCGGAAAUUCUUCUAGAAGUUCAUAUAAAAGAAAACGUUCACCAUCCGUCGAUUCAGAUCACAAUAAGGAUCGCCUUAAACUACCAAAAGACAGAAAUAUUUCUUCAUCUUCUAAAGCCAACAAUGAAUUGGAUGUAGAAUUUAGUUUUUUAGAUUAUAAGAGAGAUUUGAAUAAAAUAAUUCUAUACAGUAGCGAUACGAACACUGUCGCCAAUAGUAUAGACGAUUUUUGGAUAUUUGUUAAUAAGUAUGAAUCUACUCUGAGGAAAGCUGGUAAACCAAUUUUUGUUAAGGAUUCCGACGACACAAAACAUACUUAUGUUGAUGACAUUCCAAAAUCGUUUUCUAAACACCACUGUAUAAAUUUUGUAAGUAAAAUAAAAUUUGUGGAUAGAGUUCAAGAAGAUAGACAUAAAAGAUUGAACAAAGAUAUAUUUAAUGCAUUUUUAAAGAUAAUAUCAAUAUACUUAGAUUUCAAGAAUAAGGAAAAGUUUGAGAAGUUGAGGAAGUUAAGGAAAGCUCAAAGUGAAUUACCUGUAGCCAGCUACAGGGAAGAAAUAGUAGCAGCAGUGAAGAAUGAAAAAGUGGUGAUAGUUGCUGGAGACACGGGUUGUGGCAAGUCAACUCAGGUGCCACAGUAUCUACAUGUAGCUGGUUAUCAAAAUAUUGGAUGUACUCAACCUCGGAGAAUUGCAUGUAUCUCACUCUCGAAGCGAGUGGCAUAUGAAAUGCUGACUCAGUUUGAAAGCAAAGUCGGAUAUCAAAUUCGUUUUGAGAAGAGUAAGACAGCAGAUACCAAAAUUUGCUUUUUAACGGAAGGAUUGUUGCUGAGACAGAUGUCCUCAGAGAAUCUACCUGAGUACGAUGUGAUAAUACUGGACGAAAUCCACGAGCGCCAUUUGAUGGGGGAUUUUCUGUUGGGUAUCCUAAAAUGUCUGAUACACACUCGCAGUGAUAUCAAGCUCGUACUGAUGUCUGCUACUAUCAACAUACAGCUCUUCAAGGAUUAUUUUGCAUCGGAAUCCCCUGCUGUUAUACAAGUACCUGGUCGUCUAUUCCCCAUACAGUUGAACUACAAACCAAUACUGAUAGAGGACAAGCCGACCCGCGACGACAGACUUGACCCCCAGCCGUAUGUGCAGCUCCUGCAGCUUAUUGACAGCAAAUACCCUUGUGAAGAGCGUGGGGACCUUCUAAUCUUCAUGUCUGGUGUUCAAGAGAUCACGGCUAUCUGUGACGCCGCGCAGCAGUACGCUGAGAAAACUAAAAGGUGGAUAGUGCUGCCGUUACACAGUGGACUGUCAUUGGCUGAGCAGGACAAGGUUUUCGACUAUCCACCAGAGGGUGUAAGAAAAUGUAUAGUUUCGACCAACAUCGCUGAAACCUCCGUUACUAUUGACGGGAUCAGAUUCGUUGCUGACUCUGGCAAGGUUAAAGAGAUGAGUUACGACUCGUCGAGUAAAAUGCAGAAACUCAAAGAAUACUGGAUAUCCAAGGCCAGUGCUGACCAGAGAAUGGGCCGAGCGGGGAGAACUGGCCCCGGCGUCUGUUACCGCAUAUACUCCGAGCAGCAGUACACAGAUUUUGAUGACUUUAGCACCCCCGAGGUAUCUCGAGUUCCCUUGGCGUCUCUACUGCUGCUUAUGAGCUCCCUAGGAGUCAACGACGUCCGCCGUUUCCCUUUCGUGGAUGCACCCCCCGAGCAGGCUAUAGAAGACGCUAUAAUGGAGCUUAAACAGCAUGGUGCUCUUACCUCCAACGAGAAGCUGACAGCUCUCGGAAAGACGUUAUCCAACCUCCCUGUGGAAGUGUCACUUGCCAAGGCACUGGUGGUGGCCGCGGCGACUCUGCCCCCACAUAAACUGGACUCCGCCCUAGCUCUAACCGCCGCCCUUGGGGUGAGAAGCAUAUACACGACACAGGCGCAUAGGGAUAUUGAGUGCGAGAACGCCCGCAAAGACGACGAGUCCGACCACGGCGACCCGCUCUCCCUGCUGGGGUUGUACUGCGGCUGGCUGCGGCAGAAGGCGACGGGCGGUGGACGGCAGUGGGCGCGGCGCCGCGGCCUGCACGACGCCCGCCUGUACGACCUCACGCAGUUGGCCGCGCACCUGACCCGCCUGCUGCAGGACAACAACCUAAUGGAAGCGCCAGAAAAAGAGUCCAUGUCGUCGGCAGAACGAUCGCAGAGGCACGGUCAGAUUAAGCAGUUAAAAGACAUGAGGAGGAAAUACAAGCAACAAGCGGCCGAGGAUCUCAAAAAGCGUAAGCGUCUCAAGGUCAACACUUGGGAGGUCGUCGAAGAAGACAAGGAAGACAACGAGUUGGAUAUAAAAGACAUCGAGUUUCGGAUGACGAACGACGCGGGGAGAAUACGGGCUCUGAUCAGUGGCGCUAGCGCCAGUAGCGGCAGGGAUUUGAUCAUGUUGAAGGUGGUCCUGUGUAGAGCAUUAUAUCCUCAAGUUGCUAUUGCUGACGAGUUCAAUCACUGCAAAUCAGUGUCCGAACAACUCUACCAUACAUACAGCAAGCCGUUUAUAUUCCUCCAUCCCACAUCAUGCUUCGGUAAGAACCCGAGGCUGCUGCAGCUGACCGACACCGACAUAGCUGAUCCGCCGCCGGGGUACAAGAGUAGACUGCCGCUGUCUUCGCAACACCAGUUGUUGUGUUAUCUAUCUCUGCUGGAGACGACGAAGCCCUACAUAGUGAACUCCAUGCGCAUGCCGGCUGCGCAAACAUUGCUGCUGCUAGCUCACUCUAUCGACACCAACAUAGGAUUCACGAGGCUUGUGUGCGACACGUGGCUUUUGUUGGAGUUUCCGUAUUCGGAGACUGAGGGGCUGAACUUGCUGCUCAAAGCUACCAAGUUGCGGCAGACUUGGGACGCGCUCAUCAACAGACGUCUGGCUGAUUCAAACCCGAACAAGUCUGUCGAGAAUGAACUGCAAAAAGCCAAACAUACAAAAUCAUAUCAGGAACUACAAUAUGACUUGUCUACUGAGAUGUGCUCCUAUAUGAAUAGCGAUGUUUGUUACACGAUAAAGAGGUUACUACCUGGUGAUAUCAAAGUGUUGUAUGUUAGAGAUAGCGUGCACGCGAAUAUAGACCCUAACCCGUUCGAUGAAGGCUUCGAAUGCCGGCCCCAUGAGAAAAAAGGAGGAGUGUAUGUUACGGAUAAUAUUGUGUAUAAUUGUGUCGUGGAUACAGAGUGGAGUGCCAACAACUAUGAAGAAACAUAUGGUGUUGUUUGGACGUGCCCAGACUGCGAGCUGGCGGCGUGCUUUUCUCCUCUAGAACGACUACAGCACAAACAAUACACAUGUGCUUCUAGAAGCAUAAAGAAGGAGGAGGAGAAAGCACCUGUAAGGGAAAAUCGACCGAACGCCAAAGAGUUUAAGUGCGAUUCUUGCGAGAGCACGUUAUAUUUGACACCGGUCGAAAUGUUGAAACAUAGAAAGGCGUGUAAAAGAAAAUAAAUUAAAAAUAUAUUGUUUUU